AUGAAGAUAAACCAGAACACGGUGCUGCAAGGAAAGAGGGCAACCCUGGUGCCAUACACCUCUGCACAUGUGCCCCGGUACCACGAGUGGAUGCAGUCAGAGGAGCUGCAGCGCCUGACAGCCUCUGAACCCCUCAGCCUGGAGCAGGAGUAUGAGAUGCAGUGCAGCUGGAGGGACGACGCAGACAAAUGUACCUUCAUUGUGCUGGACGCGGAGCGGUGGCCCGGGCAGGCGGAUGAGGACUGCAUGGUGGGAGAUGUGAACCUCUUCCUCACUGACCCUGAGGAUCCAACUUUGGCUGAGAUUGAAAUUAUGAUUGCAGAGCCCAGCUACCGAGGCAGAGGAUUUGGCAAGGAGGCAACUCUGAUGAUGAUGUCCUAUGGAGUGAGAAACCUGGGGAUCACCAAAUUUGAGGCUAAGAUUGGUCAGGAGAAUGACGCCAGCAUCUGCAUGUUCAAAAAACUUCAUUUUAAAGAGGUUGCUGUGAACAGCGUUUUCCAGGAGGUGAUGCUGAGGCUGGAGGUCAGUGACCAGGAAAGACGAUGGCUCCUGGAACAGACAAACCACGUGGAGGAGAAGAGCUACGUUGAACUGAAGCUGCCAGCUGAGGUGCUAGAGACCUGA